AUGAACAAUCGAUACUUUCCAUCGUCAUCAUUAUCACCAUCGAAUGAAUUUUUUCCAUCGUACAAUUAUUCGUUCGACUAUGUAUCACCAUCUCCAGCAACGUAUUAUACUUCAUCAUUCGUACCGACCACUUGUCCAUACCAUUCACCACAGAUGUACUAUUCAAAUCCAGCAAUACCAUCAAUGAAUAUAUCACCAAUGCCGUUCACAUAUCAACAAACACCGCCCUCAACAAUACAAGUGUAUUCACCUCCACCUCAAACACGUCCAAUUGAUCGAACGCCUCUUCGUCGACAUCAAUGCUUCAAGAAGAACGACAUACAAAUCCUUCAUCAAGUUUAUCUUCGAGAUUCUCAUCCAGCGUCUGAUGUGCUUCGACAACUCGCUGAACAAUUGAAUGUUUCCAUUGAUAAAGUUCGCCAAUGGUUCAAAAAUCGACGUCAUAGCGAUAAACAAAAACGACGUGAAAUUCAAUCAUCUACAAGUGCUUAA